UUACGAACCCUUCCGGGAGCUCUUGCUCGGUGGUGUGUCCGUGGGAGGGAAGUUCUGCGGUUUCACCAGGUCCUCCGAGUUUUAACGAAUUAUAAUACAAUUUACGAGUUAAUCGACUACGUGUUGAUGUUCUCUCGUAACUCGUGAGUGGUUACGACUGAACAAACGAAUGUUCUUUCGCGAAUCUUUUAACGGGGACUUGGUUGCGAGAGAAUUCGACAGGCACUGGUCGCAACACGAACGAAGCUUCAACCUUCAUCGAUCGAUUUGACUGAUUUUUGAGAUCCAGUCACCGAAAACUUCCAUCAUUCCGUCAAAAACCGAGUGCCGACCCGCAGGGUGGCGAUCAUUUGAUAAGGGUUCUAUCUGCAAUAGGCUGGUAGGCCAGUCUAUUGGUGGGUGCGUAGAUAACUGCGGCAACUGGAAGUUGGCCCUGAACGCAGAGCCCCCGUGGCUUUGCUAGCACCCCCAUAGUGAUCUUGUCUUAACCCGCCUCCUCACGACUCACCCGAUUCUCAUUGACAGCUGCCUCUUUGCUGCCUAGCACCUACAGAGUAUCUUUAAAAAAUUUACAAAAUAGUCAAUAUGAAGGUAACAAAUUUGGAUGAACGUAUUCAUGUUUUGGACAGUGCGUCAAAUGUUAUGACUGUCAUCAAAGACAUUGCACUGAGUGGAUUGCAAGAAGAAGCUUUUUAUGUGCUUGACAUUGGAGAUAUUGUUCGUAAACAUCAAAUAUGGAAGGAAAAAAUGCCACGUGUCAGUCCCUAUUAUGCUGUAAAAUGUAACGAUAAUUUAAUUGUAAUUGAAGUAUUGGCUGCUCUUGGUAUUGGUUUUGAUUGUGCAUCUAAAUCGGAGAUUAAUAAAGUAUUAAGUGUUGGAGUAGACUCAUCAAGAAUUAUCUUUGCCAAUCCUGCUAAGCCAGCAUCACAUAUUCGUCAUGCUGCUGCUGUUGGAGUUGAUGCUAUGACAGCAGAUAAUGAAAGCGAGUUACAUAAGAUUAAGAAACUUCAUCCAAGUGCCAAGGUUGUUAUUAGAAUUCGUUGCGAUGCAGAAGUUGCACAGUGUCAGUUAGGCAUGAAAUUUGGUUGUGAUCCUAUAUAUGAAGCACCCAAUCUUUUACGUCUUGCACGCGUUUUGGGUCUCAAUGUCAUCGGUAUUAGUUUUCAUGUUGGAUCUGGAUGUAGAGAUCCACCUGUAUUUUAUCGAGCUAUACGUGAAUCUAAAAUAUUAUUUGAUUUAGCAACUGAUCUUGGUUUUAAGCCAUAUCUAUUAGAUAUUGGCGGUGGUUAUCCCGGAGAUAAAGGCACUAGCAUUGAUAAAAUUGCUAACGUCAUUAAUGAGGCACUUGACGAAUUCUUUAGUACUGAUGCUGUUCACAUAAUCGCUGAACCUGGCCGUUUUUAUGUUGCCUCGGCAUUUACACUCGCAACAAGCAUUCAUAGCAAACGUUCAGUACGUGGCGAUGAAAAUUCACCAAAUUCAGUUACGCACAAUAUGUAUUACAUUAAUGAUGGUGUUUAUGGCUCUUUCAAUUGUUUACUUUAUGAUCAUCAACAUGUAACUCCAAUACCUCUAAAGAAAGGUUGUGGAAAGAUGUACCCCUCGAGUAUUUGGGGACCAACUUGUGAUGGUUUGGAUCAAGUCGUAGAAAACAUCAUGUUACAUGAAAUGGAACUUGGUGAUUGGAUAAUUUUUGAAAAUAUGGGAGCAUACACGUUACCGGUUGCUUCUCCAUUUAAUGGAUUCCCUGUACCUAAAGUACACAUUGUCGCUGAUGAAAAUAUUUGGCAUUUGUUGAAAGAUGCUUUACCUUUAACCGAAGACCAUUUUGUUAUUGGCAAUACUCCGGCUAAUUUACGACUUGGUCUGGGUAUCGGUGGAACUGAUACUAAUGCAUGGCGCAAUUCAAACAUUGAACUGACAUCAACUGAAAUUUUAGCUGACGUUACUAAUCCACCAACAGCAUACAUUUAUGAUUACCUUGAAGUUGACCUUUAAAUUAGUGUAGAUUUAUUACAACAAACGUGUUAAAACAACUACUCGACAUUUCUAGCGGAAACUACAUCUUUGUUUCGUAUAGAGAAUAUUAUGGCAUAAUUUGAAACUAGAUUUUUAAGAUUUGAUGACCAUUAUGUUUAUUUUACAUUUAUUUUGGUUAUUUUUGAAGGUAAAAAAAACUUACUUUGCUUUUAUUCCGAGCUUGAAGUUUUUACUAACUUUGGUACCAUUUUUGAAAAUUAUUUAUACUUUUUGCUUUUAUUAAAAAAUUAAGAACGUGCAAAUUAUUUCAGAAUGAUAUAGAGGUGACGUAUACAACUGUUGUCGAAUAAUUAAAGAGUAAAGUGUAAAAAUUAUAAUCAAAUUUUCAAAUUAUUGUUGGAAAAUAUCUUCAGUACUACUAUAGAUAUUAUUAUUCUGCUGCAUGACAUGUUAAAAUAUUUCCGUAGAAAUGUUUACAUACAUAUUUCUAGAAACUGAGCUUUCCUCAUAUUAUAUAAUUAUCUUUCGUAAUUAAAGAAAUAUUUAUUGAUGUUCUUCAUAAGUACGAUUUGCACGUUUAACAUAGAAAAAUGUUUGAAAUCUUUUUUAUAUACGUAUAAAUCGUAUUAAUAUGAGUUAGUAGAAAAUUCAGCUAGCAAAAAUGGUAAUUUUCGCAACAAUUUUAUGAACGAUUUGACGUCCAUAUUUAAUGGUAAGCGAUUUGUGUGGUUUUUUAAUAUUAAACACAAAUAUUACAUAACAUAUAAGGAAAGAACAAAAUUAUUAGUAGUUUUGCGUAAGAGCUUAAAUGUUGAGACAUUUCUAUAUAUAUCUAAACUAUUAAAGUAAUCAUUGUUAUUAAUACAUGAUUAACAAAAGAUAAAAAAAAUAUAAAAAAAAAAAUGAGGGAAAUGUAAUCGAUAGCAUUGAAGAUGACGUACAUGUCCAACAUAUGUGUAAUGAUAGAAGCACAAAAUGUUUCACUAUCUUUCUCGAAUUAAUUUUUUUUAUUUCAAAAG